UUGGCCGGAACAGGAAGUGUUGCUGUUACUGCUAGCUAACUACAGGCGCUAGCGAUGCUAGCAUCGCGGACAGAAAUAUUUUUGCUAAGCUAACAUUUUAAACUUGCAGAAAUAGGCUGCUUGAAUCUCGCUAGCUCAUCGGGGAACCUUAGCUUAGCUGCCAUUUUAGCCCCCCGUGCGACAAUAUAGCUGUCGUAAACGUUAUGACUAAUUCAUUUUUAGGGAUCAGGUUGUAUUCUUAGCAUUAGCCUCUGAGCAAAGGUCUGACUAGCAGACAUGGAGAAUCGGGGGAUUGAAGACAUGUUUGACUUUCGUCGGUUUCCAAAAGAUGCAAUUGUGCUCCUGCUCCUGCUGAUUUACUUUCCAGUUGGCAUCUGUUUGAUGUUAAUACGGAUUUUCAUUGGUGUUCACGUGUUCUUGGUCAGCUGUGCACUUCCAGAGAGUUUUGUUAGAAGAUUUAUUGUCAGGAUUAUGUGCUCAGUCCUGGGGAUGCACGUGAGACAGAAAAACCCUCGCUCCAGAGACAAAAACACCAAGCUGUACAUAUGCAACCACGUGACAGAGUUCGACCACAACGUGAUCAACCUUCUGACCCCCUGCCAUACUUCCCAGCUAGAGGGCUCCACAGGCUUUGUGUGUUGGGCCAGAGGCUUCAUGGAAAUCCAUUCAGCAUCUGGCCAGGGAGCACUAGGAGAGUCUCUCCAGAGGUACUGCUCCACUGAAGGCACCCCGCCUUUGCUCCUGUUUCCCGAAGAGGACACCACAAACGGCCGUGCUGGCCUGCUGAAGUUCAGUUCCUGGCCUUUCUCACUGACCGACUCCAUUCAGCCUGUGGCCUUACGAGUGACCAGACCAUUGAUUGCUUUGAGCACACCUGAGUCGAGCUGGCUGAAGGAGCUCUUAUGGACAUUUUUUGCUCCAUGUACAGUGUAUCAUGUAAGUUGGCUCCCACCAGUAUCCAGACAAGAUGGCGAGUCCAUGCAGGAGUUUGCCAACAAAGUCCAGGAGCUCCUAGCCGGUGAACUUGGCUUGGUCUCCACCAAGAUCACUAAAGCUGAUAAAGCGGAGCACAUCAAACGGAAAAUGCACGCUGUACCACAAACAUCCACAAGUGUCAGACCCGGCUCUAUCGGCCUUGGAUUCAUGGUCCAGAGUUUGGGUACAGAUGAUCAUAGGAUUGCUAAGAUGGCCCAACAGGUGAAGGACGUGUUGCCUCAUGUCCCACUCAAUGUCAUCGCAAAGGACUUAGCGAAAACCAAUUGUGUCGACACCACCAUAACAAAUCUGCUGGAGAACAAGGAGGAAAGUCCGAUGGAAGCAACCGGGACGUCGACGUUUGAUUCUUCUAUGAACAACUCGUAUUCCUCUGACUCGGCUCCCACCAUAAAGCCUGCUGCCAAAUGUUUUGGGAGAUCACCCAAUGACAGACAUUUGUCUCUCCAAGAGAGAAAAGAAGCGCUGUAUAAUUUUGCUAGAAGGCGCUACAUGGAAAAACACGGAUUGGAUCAAGAAGACAGUCACUGAACACGCUUUUAGGUCAAGCAUCAUUGAAAACAUGUCUGAGAGAAGCAUAUUCAACUUGCAUAGCUGUCUAAUUUGAAUGGUGAUUUUAUAUUCUGUAAACAGGUACUGUUGCAAAACAGAUUUUGUUAAUUGCAAAUAAAGGUGACGCGUAUUCAGAACAUGUUACGUUGAUGGAAUGGUGAUUAUGCAUGUUUAAUUCUUCAUUCUGGCUGAUACAUAAUUUUGAUAACAAUUUGUAUUACGAUCCACUGACUGUGAAUCAUCUAUUUAUUUUUAUAAUGUCCAGAGUCGUUGAUGAAAAUAAAGUUCAGCUUGACCUUAAGAAAUUUGUCACUGAUGGUGUUUCGAUUAAACGUUGACUCAAAAGCCCA